AUGAAGGAAUUCCCGAGGAAGUUUCUCAGCCUACGGGAUAAGAGCGGCGAGCACCAUCGCAGCAAGUCAGCUCCUCCCGCAAAUAAGGCCCGUCCCCUCUCUGCAGAAGCGUUUCGCUCGAUAUUCAAACCCGACCAUGCGAAACAAACCCACCAAAAUGAGGUGGACGCUGCGAGAGAGGUCGCCAAGAUUGAGGAUAUCCUGCACCGUUUGGAUCAAUUACAUAUUAUGAACAUCACCGAGGAGCAUGUCCGAGACAUCUUGGGGACCAAAUUCGUCGGUGGAGACCUGGAACGCGCUGUCCAAUUCAUCGAUAUUGAGAAAAAGUCUUCUUCUGGGAUUAUAAUUCCCUACGACCCAAGUGUCCAGAUGGUUGGUGCCGAGAACCGCAGUGCUGUUACCUGUUAUAUAGACUCCCUUCUCUUCGCCAUGUUCUCCAAGUUGGACGCCUUCGAGUGCAUGCUCAAAACCGAUUUCCCAGAGGACGAUCCUAGGCAUAGACUCGUCAUCCUUCUGCGCAUAUGGGUCAACAUGUUACGGACGGGCAAGCUGAUUCGUACAGACUUGACCAAACUAAUACAAGAUUCCAUGGCUGAGUGUGGUUGGCCAGAAGCUCGCCUUUUAGAACAGCAAGACGCUUCCGAAGCAUUUGCAUUUUUUACAGAAAAGCUAGAGUUACCACUCCUUUCACUACAAGUUGAUUUAUUUCACCAAGGCAAAUUCGACAAGGACGACCACAAGAUCGUUUAUGAGAGAUUAUUGAACUUGGCAGUGCCAUCAGAUUCCGAUGGCAACGGCAUUAAGUUAGAAGAUUGCUUAGAAGAGUAUUUCAAUACCCAAGUCGACGUCCUUAGAGACAGCGAGGAAGCAAAGAAGUUGUCGAUUGCGGAGGACGGCACUCUAAAUUCGCCUUCUCAGCUAUUGAUACCCAACCAAAUCCAGCUGAUUAGGGAUGGAGAAAGCACCGCGGCACCUGCAGCCAUGACAUUAUCCCCAGUCGAGAUGUCGCCGUCGAAGCCACUGCCAGAUGUUCCUCUGAAAACGAACAAGGAAGAGAAAGCCAAAGAAGAAACUCCAGAAGAAGGGGAUAAAGAGAUGACAGCCGGUGAGAAGGUUGACGAGAAAAAGGCCGAAGAGAAGAAGCUUGACGAGGAAGAAGUAGAGGACAAGGUUGAAGAGAAAAAGGAUGAAGUGGAAGCUCCGUCAUCGGAUCAGGUCAAUGGAACGAGCCAGAAUAGCACUCUUGGCGAAACAUCGCAGUCAACUGUUGUGGCUGAUCAAUCAGGGGCAUCUUCUUCUCGGAUGACGAUUCGGCAUAGGUCAACCAGCGUCAUUCAACGAGUCAUGCUGGAUGACAGAGGCCGCCCAGCCAGUUCUGAGAACAUACGCAAGAGGCUGAGUUUGAAAGGGUCUACCGUCAUCAAGGCGGUCACAAUACCUGCAUGGCAAUUCUUCCGCCUAAUUCCCUGGCACGCAGUCAACAACAGCACCGAGCCUCGGAACAAUGUCGAAGUAGCAAUGAAUCUUGAUCAGCGCCCAGUCGUAGGCAUUUGCUUGAAACGAUAUGCCAUGACCGAGACUGGCCUACCUAAGCGCCAUAAUACUUAUAUCGACAUCCCCGAGAGCAUGAGACUUCCUCACUUUAUGCUCGCCGACGGCCCACACAUAGAAGAGGAGACUAAUGGGUUAGCGACAGAGUAUAAACUUGUCCUGCAAUCGAUUGUCUGCCACCGAGGCGAUUCUUUACAAAGCGGUCACUACAUUUCGUUUGCCAGGGUCGCCCCGAAGCUUCUAACAGACAAUAGGAGGCAUGAUUUUGAUCCACCUCCAGACUACGAAGAAGCACAGUGGGUGAGGUUUGACGACCUCGAUAUCGGCAGACGAGUCACGUUUGUCGACGACAUCAAAGAAUCCCUAAAGGUCGAGAUGCCGUACCUGCUUUUCUAUCAGAUUGUACCUAUGGUCGACGCACCUUGCCCAACAGAAAGCACAGAGGGCAGGCCGCCGUCUUAUGACGAGUCAAAGAAAAGUCUUGAGAUACUGCGCUCCACAACUAGCGAUGAAACACCCUCCAGUUCGACUCAUGGACUGGUAACGCAUCACGAACAUCAAGCAUCAGCCUCUACCCAAGCCCUGAUAGCGCAUCCACACCAUGAGCAGCAAGCUUCAGCUUCUACUCAAGCAUUGGUAUCGCACCACGAGCACAAAGCCUCAUCUUCUACUCAAGCAUUGGCAACUCACCAUGAAAAUCAAGCUUCAGCUUCGACUGGUCGUCUAGGUCAAAGCAAAACACCCAGCAUCAGGCUAUCUGCAGAAGUUGAGCGCCCAUCUCGCAAGUGGCUGGAGGGCAUUAGCAUGAACUUUGGUGGUUCAUACGUGGAGUCGGUCAUCUCCCGUCGCCAGAGCGUGGCGCUUACCGAUUCUGCUGUUCACACACCAUCCAUAACUCCGGAUGCUGGGUCGCCUGCCAUGGCACCGGUUGACGAACCAACGUCUUCAAGAUUAUCGCGUGCCGCAUCGCGCUUCAACUUGGGCAAACAGAGUCGUCCUGCUAGCCAAUCGGGCGAGGGCCGCAUCAGUCUCAACCUGAGUCGCUUUGGUGGUUUGAUUAAGACCAGCAAAGAGCCGCUGCCGGAACCACCAGUACUGAAUAUUUCGACUGCAAACUCAACAGGGCAGCCUAGUCCACAGCCUGGGUCGCCCACAUCACUCGAGAAGCAGCUGCACCAUCCCCCUGGCAGUGAGAAACAGGACAAGCCUGAAAAGACAGAAAAAGCUGAGAAGCAAAAACACAGGAGAAAGAAGUCCAAAGAAAAGAACGAGAAACAGAAGACGGGCGAUCAACCAGAGCGGGAGUGUGUAGUGAUGUGA